AUGGCGUGGAGUAGCGGGGCUCCCAAAGAGGCAGCCGUAGGGGAGGGGGCUUCGGCGCCAUCUCCUGGUCCCACUGUGGCCAAGGGAAGCCCCCAAAGGGGGAGUCCUUCUACGGUACGAGAGGAACAGCCACUAGGGGCUUUGGAUGCGGUUUACAAGGAUGUUUCAGGCGCGCAGUCUCCUCCUGCACCUGAGGGAGGGAAGCCUUCUGGUGGCGCUUCGCCAGGGGUGUCAGCAGACUGGCAAGGUGCACCCACGUACAAUGCAGCGAUAGGGUACGCGCUUCAGGGCCCGCUAGCGCGGGAAGGGUUGCUGCCUGCUCGGGUAGUGUAUGAGACGCCGCUGCAAUCCCAAAGUCGCGAGCGAAAAGGGGGUGGGGGGGAUAGCUUGACGAAGUGGUGGCUGUUGAUGUUGAUGACGCUGAACACCUUGGCGUCUUGUUGGGGUCUUUGGGAGCUGCGGCAACGCACAGCUCAAAUUAUUCACGCUCAGGAGGCGGCCUUGGGGGAGCUUACGGACACGAUCCGACGACGCGUGCUGCCUAUGUGUGACCAGCACCUGUUCCCCGACGCCUUGCUGCCUUCGCCAAUGGACUCUCUCACGCGGCAGCUGUUUCAUGACUGGGCAGGGACCCGAGAUGAAGGCCCCGUUGUCCAAAAUGCUGAGGAGGAGGCCUUCUCAAACAAACACAAGCCUCUGCAGCUGCCGCUCCACGCAGGCAACGCGGAACAGAGCAGACAGCGGCAGCCGGCGCAGCUGCCGGACUUCUUGCUGAGCCCGACGGUCCCUACGGGGCCUCCUCUAGGGUUCGUAGAUAUACCACCACAUUCGCCUCUUCCACCCAAAUGGAGCUCCUCCAGCGACCAUCCGUAG